AUGUCAGACCAACAACCCCUCCGCAUAGCCAUAGGUUGUGACGACGCCGGCGUCUCCUACAAAAAAGCCAUUAUUAAGGACUUGGAAUCAGACUCCCGCAUCGCCUCCGUAACCGAUGUGGGCGUCCCUGAAAACAGUGACAAGACAGCCUACCCACACAUCGCCGUCGACGCCGCCAAAAUGGUUGCAGAAGGCAAAGCAGAUCGUGCCGUACUCAUCUGCGGCACUGGUCUCGGUGUCGCCAUCUCCGCGAACAAGGUCCCUGGAAUCAGAGCUGUGACCGCACAUGAUUCUUUCUCGGUGGAACGCGCGAUCUUGUCGAACGAUGCGCAGGUGCUUUGUAUGGGCGAGAGGGUUGUGGGGAUUGAACUUGCGAGGAGGUUAGUAAAGGAGUGGGUUGGGUAUCGGUUCGAUAAGGGAAGUGCUAGUGCGAAGAAGGUGGAGGCUAUCAUGGAGUAUGAGAGAGAAAAUUACAAGGGGUUGGUUGAGGAUCAGGCGAAGGCUAAGGGGUGUUGA